AUGAAGUCUAUCCACAUUCUGCAAACUUUCCUUCUUGUUCUCCCCUGUGCCAAUGGAGCCCCUACGGCCCAGCCUUCGAAUCCUCCAUUGAGAGGCUCGGAGGAUCUGCUCGGUUAUUCCUCCUCCAAUACCAUCACGGAGCAGUCGACCGAGGUCAAGUAUACCCUAGUGACUGGGCAAAAGGAGGAUGCCAAUAGCGGGGUGUACCUUGACUUUGAGGGCGUGAACAAUCCCCAGCCUAUCCGGGGAGAUCUGGGAGGGUCGGACCCAGGACCGAGAAAUACGUACUAUGAUCAGAUAAAUAGCGAUAAGCUGGCUCCUCCUGGGACGGAUCAUGGUCAGACGAUCAACGCGCAGUGGCCGAUGGGUAUGUCUUACCUACAUGACGACGGGGCUGGAUGGGCCCGACAGGAGAAUACGAACGUCAUGCCGGACGCAACAGCCAUGGCCGGUGUUGACAUGAGACUUGAGCCCGGUGCGUAUCGGGAACUGCAUUGGCAUGUCGCGGCGGAGUGGUCGUUUGUCCUCAAUGGAUCCUGUCGGAUUCAGGCCGUCAAUGAGAAUGGGGAAACAUUCAUCGACGAUGUGAGCGAAGGUGAUGUCUGGUUCUUCCCUCCGGGCGUUCCUCACUCCAUUCAAGCCCUCGACACAGGGGUCGAGUUCCUUCUAGUCUUCGACGAUGGAUCCUUCUCCGAGGAUAAUACCUUCCUCGCCUCGGAAGUCUUUGCACACAAUCCCAAAGAAGUCCUAGCCAAAGACCUGGGUGUCCCCAUCACCGCAUUCGAAAACCUCCCCGAGGACGAACUGUACAUCUUCCCCGGCACCCCAGCCCCCAAGGACGUCGAGGCCCAAAACGUCUCGACGGCAGCGGGAAUCGUCCCCAGAAUGCAGAGCUACUCGUACCACUUCUCAGAGCAGCCCGCCCACGAAGUCGCCGGUGGAUCAGUCAAGAUCGUGGAUCCCGUCACCUUCCCCAUCGCCAGUAACUUCUCUGCGGCUGUUGUGACCGUUAAGCCGGGCGGGAUGCGCGAGAUCCACUGGCAUCCGAGCAGCGAUGAGUGGACUUUUUUCAUCCGCGGCCAGGGCCGCGCGACGCUGUUCUCGGCACCCAGUACGGCCACGACGUUUGACUACCGUGCCGGAGAUGUGGGAUACUUUCCCCAGUCGAACAGUCACUAUAUCGAGAAUACGGGGGACGAGGACCUGCUCUUCCUCGAGGUGUUGCAGGCAGACAAGUUCACUGGGCAAUGGAUUGCAUCUACGCCGCGACAGAUCGUGGCAGAUACGCUGAAGCUGAGCAAUGAGACCUUGAGCAAGUUGAAGACGGACAAGCAGUAUGUUGUUGCUGGAUAA